GACGUCAUCCGCCAGAGAAUAAAUACCUGCCGACGCCUGUCCUUCGCAGACCCGCUCUUUCCAGCUCACGAUGCGAGAAAUAGUACACAUUCAGGCCGGCCAGUGCGGCAAUCAGAUCGGCGCAAAGUUCUGGGAGGUGAUCUCGGAUGAGCACGGCAUCGAUCCCACCGGCACCUACAAUGGAGACUCUGACCUCCAGUUGGAACGAAUCAACGUCUACUACAAUGAAGCCACAGGUGGUAAAUAUGUCCCCAGGGCCAUUCUGUUGGACCUGGAGCCCGGCACCAUGGAUUCGGUGCGAUCUGGCCCCUUCGGACAACUCUUCAGGCCGGACAACUUCAUCUUUGGUCAGAGCGGUGCUGGCAACAACUGGGCCAAAGGUCAUUACACAGAGGGAGCCGAGCUCGUGGAUACUGUGCUGGAUGUGGUGAGAAAGGAGGCGGAGAGCUGCGACUGUCUGCAGGGCUUCCAGCUGGCCCAUUCGCUAGGCGGCGGCACCGGGUCAGGCAUGGGCACUCUUCUCAUCUCUAAGAUCCGGGAGGAAUACCCGGAUAGGAUCAUGAAUACGUUCAGCGUAAUGCCAUCGCCAAAGGUAUCGGACACCGUCGUAGAGCCCUACAAUGCCACCCUUUCCGUCCAUCAGUUGGUGGAGAACACAGAUGAAACCUAUUGCAUUGACAACGAAGCGUUGUACGACAUUUGCUUCCGUACGCUGAAGCUCACCACCCCCACCUACGGCGAUCUCAACCACCUGGUUUCCGUCACCAUGUCUGGAGUCACCACAUGCCUCAGAUUUCCAGGACAGUUGAACGCCGAUCUCAGAAAACUCGCUGUGAACAUGGUGCCCUUUCCCCGCUUGCAUUUCUUCAUGCCAGGAUUCGCACCACUUACCUCUAGGGGAAGCCAACAAUAUAGAGCCCUCACUGUGCCAGAGCUCACUCAACAGAUGUUCGACGCUAAAAACAUGAUGGCUGCCUGCGAUCCAAGGCACGGGCGCUACCUGACGGUGGCCACAAUUUUCAGAGGCCGCAUGUCCAUGAAGGAGGUGGACGAGCAAAUGUUAAACGUGCAGAACAAGAACAGCAGCUACUUCGUCGAGUGGAUCCCGAACAACGUGAAGACAGCCGUGUGCGAUAUCCCACCUCGAGGCCUCAAGAUGUCCGCUACCUUCAUCGGAAACAGCACCGCUAUCCAGGAACUCUUUAAGAGAAUAUCCGAGCAAUUCACAGCCAUGUUCCGACGCAAGGCCUUCUUGCACUGGUACACCGGCGAAGGUAUGGAUGAGAUGGAAUUCACAGAGGCCGAAUCCAACAUGAAUGACCUGGUCUCCGAGUAUCAGCAGUAUCAAGAGGCAACCGCCGACGACGAGGGAGACUUCGAAGACGAAGAACAGCCCGUUGGUGACACAGCCUAGAGAGUCAGAAACCUUCACUUUAGAGCCUCUAAAUUCCCUCCCUCCCAUUCCGAAUUUUUAAUACAUGUAUAAUUUGUGACGACACGCAUUCCAGUUUACUGUUUUACAUGGACCGUUUGAAACGCAUUUUCCUGCAGAUAAACAGGAGUUUAUCAAGGCGGACCGCAGUGCUAAAUGCAGAAUUUUGAUUUGCUUCAAAUUGUUUUCCUCUAGCGGAUUCUCGUGCAAACGAAGAUUUCUGAUUGGUCAGGAAACGAGCGAAGAAUACUUUAUUAUUAUUAUUGUUUAAAGAUAUUUUUUUUUAGAAAAUAUGUAUAAAUUCGUAUUGGGAGUUGUCUUUUAUUUAAAAUUUCUUUAAUCUAAUGUGCAAUCAAUAGUUCUACAGAUUUUUUUUCCGCUCAGCGUUAUUCUGUGAUUUUUAUUUCUAAAUAAAUUUCAGUUUACAACUA